AACAGGGAAAAAUGUCGCCAUGAAGGCCGAGAACCGCUGCCGCCGCCGACCCCCGCCGGCCCCGAACGCCAUGAGCCUGGGUCCCCGCCGCGCCCGCUCCACUCCGACCGCCGCCGCCGCCGAGGCCCCCGUUGAUGCCGCAGAGCUCCCCCAACGCCGCCGCCACCGCUUCCGACAUGGACAAGAACAGCGGCUCCAGCAGCUCCUCCGCCUGUUCGGGCAGCAGCAAAGGGCAACAGCCGCCCCGCUCCGCCUCGGCGGGGCCGGCCGGAGAGUCUAAACCCAAGAGUGAUGGAAAGAACUCAAGUGGAUCCAAGCGUUUUAAUCGCAAACGUGAACCUUCCUAUCCCAAAAAUGAAAAUUUUAGCAACCAGUCCCGUCGCUCCAAUUCACAGAAAAGCAAAACUUUUAACAAGAUGCCUCCACAGAGGGGCGGCGGCAGCAGCAAAGUCUUUAGCUCUUCUUUUAAUGGUGGAAGACGCGAUGAGGUAGCAGAGGCUCAACGGGCAGAGUUUAGCCCUGCCCAGUUCUCUGGUCCGAAGAAGAUCAAUCUGAACCACUUGUUGAAUUUCACUUUUGAACCCCGUGGCCAGGCGGGUCACUUUGAAGGCAGUGGACAUGGCAGCUGGGGAAAGAGGAACAAAUGGGGGCAUAAGCCUUUUAACAAGGAACUCUUUUUACAGGCCAACUGCCAAUUUGUGGUGUCUGAAGACCAAGACUACACAGUUCAUUUUGCUGAUCCUGAUACCUUAGUCAACUGGGACUUUGUGGAACAAGUGCGCAUUUGUAGCCAUGAAGUGCCAUCUUGCCCAAUAUGCCUAUAUCCACCUACUGCAGCCAAGAUAACCCGUUGUGGACACAUCUUCUGCUGGGCAUGCAUUCUGCACUACCUUUCACUGAGUGAGAAGACCUGGAGUAAAUGUCCCAUCUGUUACAGUUCUGUGCAUAAGAAGGAUCUCAAGAGUGUUGUUGCCACCGAGUCACGUCAGUAUGUUGUUGGUGACACUAUUACAAUGCAACUGAUGAAGAGGGAGAAAGGGGUGUUGUUGGCCUUGCCCAAAUCCAAAUGGAUGAAUGUAGACCAUCCUAUUCAUCUAGGAGAUGAACAGCACAGCCAGUACUCCAAGUUGCUGCUGGCCUCUAAGGAGCAGGUGCUGCACCGGGUAGUUCAGGAAGAGAAAAUAGCUUUGGAGCAGCAGCUGGCAGAGGAGAAGCACACUCCCGAGUCCUGCUUUAUUGAGGCAGCUAUCCAGGAGCUCAAGACUCGGGAAGAGGCUCUGUCAGGAUUGGCUGAAAGCAGAGGGGAGGUCCUUAGUGUUGUGCCUGCUCUGGAACAACUGGUGCUGAUGGCUCCCUUGGCGAAGGAGUCCGUUUUUCAACCCAGGAAGGGUGUGUUAGACUAUCUGUCUGCUUUUGAUGAAGAGACCACCGAAGUUUGUUCUCUGGGUUCUCCUCGUCCUCUUGCUCUCCCUCUGGUAGAGGAAGAGGAAGCAGUGUCUGAACCAGAGCCUGAAGCCUGUGAUGACUCAGAGUUAGCAGAUGACAGUCUUGGAGAGGGGACCAUUUGUACUGAGUCCAGCCAGCAGGAACCCAUCACCAAGCCGGGCUUCACACACCUGAGUGGCUCUCCUUGUUACUACUUUUACCAAGCGGAGGACGGGCAGCACAUGUUCCUGCACCCUGUGAAUGUGCGCUGCCUUGUGAGGGAGUACGGCAGCCUGGAGCAGAGCCCGGAGAAGAUCUCGGCAGUAGUGGUGGAGAUCGCCGGCUACUCCAUGUCUGAGGAUGUUCGGCAGCGUCAUAGAUACCUCUCUCACCUGCCGCUCACCUGUGAGUUCAGCAUCUGUGAACUGGCUCUGCAGCCUCCUGUGGUCUCUAAGGAAACUCUGGAGAUAUUCUCAGAUGACAUUGAGAAGAGGAAGCGUCAGCGCCAGAAGAAGGCUCGGGAGGAACGCCGCCGGGAGCGCAGGAUUGAGAUGGAGGAGAACAAGAAACAGGGCAAGUAUCCAGAAGUCCACAUUCCCCUAGAGAAUCUACAGCAGUUUCCUGCCUUCAAUUCCUAUACCUGCACCUCUGAUUCUGCUUUGGGUCCCACCAGCACCGAGGGCCAUGGUGCCCUCUCCCUGUCUCCUCUUAGCAGAAGUCCAGGUUCCCAAGCAGACUUUCUGCUGACCCCUCUGUCACCGACUGCCAGUCAGGGCAGUCCUUCAUUCUGCGUUGGGAGUCUGGAAGAAGACUCUCCUUUCCCUUCCUUUGCCCAGAUGCUGAGAGUUGGAAAAGCAAAAGCAGAUGUGUGGCCCAAAACUGCUCCAAAGAAAGAUGAAAACAGCUUAGUUCCUCCUGCUCCUGUGGACAGCGAUGGGGAGAGUGAUAACUCAGACCGUGUUCCUGUGCCCAGUUUCCAAAAUUCCUUCAGCCAAGCUAUUGAAGCAGCCUUCAUGAAACUGGACACACCAGCUACUUCAGAUCCCCUCUCUGAAGAGAAAGGAGGAAAGAAAAGAAAAAAACAGAAACAAAAGCUCCUGUUCAGCACCUCAGUCGUCCACACCAAGUGACACUACUGGCCCCGGCUACCUUCUCCAUCUGGUUUUCUUUUUCCUGUGCUUUUGUUUUGCUGCUGUAAUUUUUAAGUAUUUGAGUUUGAACAGAUUAGCUCUGGGGGGAGGGGGUUUCCACAGCGUGAGGGGGAACCAAGAAAAUUUUAAAUACAGUGUAUUUUCCAGCUUCCCGUCUUUACACCAAAAUAAAGUAUUGACACACAAGA